UCAGUAAGCCGAGGACCAUCGCCCCGCCCAAAAGUCACUCACCGCCGCCGACGCCCUCAAGAUGGUCAACGUUCCCAAGACACGACGAACCUACUGCAAGGGCAAGCAGUGCAGAAAGCACACGCCCCACAAAGUCACGCAAUACAAGAAGGGCAAGGACUCGUUGGCCGCACAGGGAAAGCGCCGCUACGACCGCAAGCAGUCGGGUUAUGGUGGUCAGACCAAGCCCGUCUUCCACAAGAAGGCAAAGACGACCAAGAAGGUCGUGCUUCGGCUAGAAUGCACUGUGUGCAAGUACAAGAUGCAGAUGUCGCUCAAGCGCUGCAAGCACUUCGAGCUCGGUGGUGAGAAGAAGACGAAGGGUGCUGCCCUGCAGUUCGUGCGUACCUUCCUGUUGUUCAGGAUUCCUUCGUACUGACUUUGUACUCAGUAAGCGCCCUUCCUUUGCUCCGUCUUCCUUCUCCCUGCGUCUAUGUUGUUGUCGCCGUCGUAUACGCUAUACUGAGUUCCAUGUGACAUGCACUCCUACCAUGCAUAUGCCAUUUCCAAAACACUGUACACUAAGAGUGGGCUUAGCCCACGGCACAUGGAUCGAUGGUGGAACGCUGCACGUCAACAGGCUUAAAGAUACAAUCGUCGUCAAGACCUAUGGAAGGGUCUAGUAUUCGUCCUCGAUACCAUCUAUCGUAGGAUUGCAGAACAACCCAAGCCCGAC